CUUCCGGUUAUUUUACAGGCUCUUGUUGGCUACUGUUUCGCUACUUGUCCAAUUAGAUUACCGACAAAGUAAAAGUGAGUGAACACCGUGAGUCUGUUAAACAAACCGCACUUGAGGGAACACUUCGCAGACUCCAUUUAAAGCGAGUUUCUGCUCACGAGUUUGUUGAAUUAUUUGACGCCGACAUGAUGCUGAUGGUUCUGGACGGCUGGACGUGACGAGCGGGACGGUAUGGAUUACUUUAAACCCGCAUUGUAUCUCUGCGUGUGUGUUGGUCCUUUAUAGCCUGCUGCUUGUUUCAGUGACAACUCAGGUUAGCGUAAAAUACUAUUGCUAGUAUGCCACGCAAGCAGCUAACUUCUUCAAGGACAAGAAAAGUUUGUCAGCAACUUUAAAAUGCUGCUUUGAGGGUACAGKUUUGACGCGUAUAGGUUUAGUUUUAUUUCUCUGUCAACAUGAAACUGGUGAAAAUUAGAAGAUACCUGAGGGGAAGCGGGAGGGUUCUCGCCUUCGUGUUUGUCGCCUCAGUCAUUUGGCUCCUGUUUGACAUGGCUGCUCUUCGCCUGUCCAUAAACGACGUGAACAGUCAGCUGAUGAGAGAGAGGGUGCUCAGGGAGAAGGAGAUGAUGAUCAAGCGUCCGUCCAGGGUCACCCAGCUGAUGAGGGAGGGGUUCAAUCACCCACUGCAAAAGGUGGACUUGGCUGUGACCCAUGCUUGGAAAAAACAAAAAUCAAAGAAACUAGCUCAAGCCUACAGACGUGGAAGCAAAGAUCUUCAGGUGAACUCUAAUCAGAAGCAAGAUCGAUCGCAUAACGAUGGAGUUAACCUUUCGAAACAGGAUGCUCAUCCCAGAAAAGAAGCUGUAAAUUUAGAUCUGAAUGAAGCAGUGGCUCAAAAAACCCAAACUCCACCUGACGUUCAGAUAAACCAAAUACCUAAAAACAGUGGCCUGAAUAGAACUGCGCAUUUUGCACGAAAUGCUAUAGACGGCACGGAUUCAAAGUCAAAUCAGAAGAUUAAAGGAGAACCCGCCAAGAAUCAAACAAAAGCGAACCGUCUGCAGGUAGAAGAGGCGCACCCUGCUCAAACACCUCACCAAAGUCACAAGAAGAAUGUAAACAAAAAAGAGGAAAACAUGGAUGUGAAACGGGUGGAGGUGACUCAGAAGACUGAGCUUGUGAAGCCUGCAGUCGACCUCCGAGCAGCAGUCGGGAUCAACUCCACCUCUGGCGUCCACAAAGUGCUCCACCUGGACGUGACUCAGGCUCCCAGAGAUCCCAAAGCAGUUGGCCAGUUUGGUCRGGCCGUACUUCUUCCCAGGAGCGACGAUGCGGAGGUGAAGAAGAGGUGGAGUGAAGGUCAUUUUAAUGUCUACCUCAGUGACCAGAUCCCGGUGGACCGGGCCGUCCCUGACACCAGGCCUGAAAGCUGUGCACGGAGUCUGGUCCACGACGACUUGCCUUCCACCAGCGUGAUUUUCUGUUUUGUGGAUGAGGUGUGGUCCACGCUCCUGCGCUCUGUUCACAGUGUGCUCAACAGAUCUCCUCCACACCUCCUCAAAGAGAUCAUUCUUGUGGACGAUUUCAGCACCAAAGACUAUCUGAAGGAGCCACUGGAUAAGUACAUGUCACAGUUUCCCAAAGUGCGGAUCGUUCGUCUGAAGGAGCGUCAGGGCCUGAUCCGGGCCAGGCUGGCAGGAGCUGCAGUUGCCAAAGGCGAGGUGCUUACCUUUCUUGACUCCCACGUGGAAUGUAAUGUGGGCUGGCUGGAGCCACUCUUAGAGAGGGUAUAUUUGGAUCGCAGGAAGGUGCCAUGUCCGGUUAUUGAAGUCAUCAGUGAUAAAGACAUGAGUUAUAUGCUUGUUGACAACUUCCAAAGAGGUAUUUUCAAAUGGCCUUUGGUGUUCAGUUGGAGCCCGGUACCAGAGGAUGUUAUUAAGAAGAACAAUUUGACCGUUGCCGAUCCGAUCAAGUGUCCAGUAAUGGCUGGGGGUCUUUUUUCAAUUGACAAAAACUACUUCUUUGAGCUUGGCACCUAUGAUCCUGGUCUGGACGUGUGGGGUGGAGAGAACAUGGAGAUUUCAUUCAAGAUCUGGAUGUGCGGUGGGGAAAUCGAGAUUAUCCCCUGCUCCCGGGUGGGGCACAUUUUCCGAGGGCAGAAUCCCUAUAAAUUCCCUAAAGACAGGCAGAAGACGGUGGAGCGUAACCUGGCRAGGGUGGCUGAAGUUUGGCUGGAUGAGUACAAAGACAUCUUCUACGGCCACGGGUACCACCACCUGCUGGACAGAAGCGUCAUGGAUAUUGGGAACCUCACCGAGCAGAUUGAGCUGAGGAAGAAGCUCAAAUGCAAGAGCUUCAAGUGGUACCUGGAGAAUGUGUAUCCAGACAUCAAUACUCCUUUAGUCAAAGCUGAAGGCCUGGUUUUUAAUCACGGCCUGAGAAAAUGCCUUGCCCAGCAGAAAGGUGCAUUGUCCUUUGAAUUAUGCAAUCUAACGAAACAGAAUCAGCACUUUAAUUACACCUGGAUGAGGCACAUUCGCCAGCAGGACCUCUGUGUUGAACCGCAAAGCGAAGGUCAUGACUUUUUACUAUCAUGUGACAACGCCAAACGUGAGCUUCGCUGGAUACACAAAGUCACCAACCAAGCUCUAGCGGAACACUUCAUAGCAGAGUCCAGCAACCACAUGUGCCUGGAGGCAGAACCUGGAGGUGUCACCGUUCGUCUCAGCCCAUGUGAACCCAACAACGUUUUCCAGAAGUGGCAGUUCACACAUUACCUUGUCCAGUAAUGACACUGAUGUGAGCUUUAAACGUGCACUAUUAAAAACGCCCAGUGGCCUUACCGUGCGGCCUCUAACCAUGACUAACAGGAGGGAAACACAAGUGGUUUGAUGGCUGGAAAGCAUGCUAUUAAUCAGGUGGUGUGGGAAUGUGCAAAAGAACUAAUUUCUUACUGCCUAAGAUUGUUUUUUAUUUAACAGGGAUUUAAAUUGAUUUCUUGGUGGGAGGUUGUUUUUUUUAGUUUAAUUUUUACAAAAAAAUGCCUCAAGUUUUUUUUCCUACUGGGCCAGUGUGAUGAGAAUAAUGACUUUUUUAUGUUUUCAUUGAGUUGUGUACUUUAUGCUGCUUUUUGUGAGGUUUAAGCUCUAAUUUGAAAACUUUGGAUGACUUUCCCCUCCUAAAACACUAGAGGGAAGUGUUGGUUGAAAACGCUCCAUAAACCUGUGUUCUGAUUUUACAAACUUUUAAAGUCAGAUUGCUUGGAAAGCAUCUUAUACAAGAAAGAAAAUAAUAAAUAAAUAAACCAAAUAGCUCUC